CUCCCUGCGCUUUUGAGGCUCGCCUCUGCUACCGUCCGCGCCGUGGAAGAUGGUACUACCUACAUCGUAUGCUCCACGGCCGCGCGCCUCGCGGCUGCAUUCCGCGCAAAGGCCGCAGCGUUGCAAGUUCUCUCUGUCGGUGUGCACCUCGAUAUGGAUGUUGCUGCGCGCGACAUACUCGCGGUGUGUUUGCAAAACACCGCGACACUCGCCUCGCCCGAGCUCGGACCGGCUGUGUUUGCAUUUGGCGCAAUGCUCGCGCUUAAGGCGCCGGUUGUAGGCCCACUUCUUGCGUCGGCGCUAGCGUCGCUCGUCGUGUCGCCCGCCUCGCGCGCAACCGUCGCACACUGUGCGCGCACCAUGUCGCUCGCCUUCCGAACCUUGCCUGAGGACGUGGUGGUGUCGGUGGUGUAUGCGGUAAACAACCUUUGUACUCCCGACGCGCGUGAUGCGCGUGGAUUCUCGAGCGAAGGCUCUGUCCGAUCGCUCGCCACCUCUGCGUUUUCGUCCGCGCGUGGCGCCUCCAAAGACACCACGGAUACCGGUACUGUGCAGGAAAAGGCGGUGACCGCGCUCGCUACGAUCGCCCGCCACUUUGCGGACGAGCUGAUUAGCACUCUUGUUGUAACCAUCCUCUCGCAAAAGCUCAAAACGGCCACGGGCACGGACCCGGUCAUUGUCGCUGGGUUGGCGCAGUGCGCGCCGUACAUCCCCGAGCGCGAACUCCAGGUCAUUCUCAAGACGUACAACGGGCUCCUCCUCGCGUCGGCCAAACGCGGCGACGAGACGAUGGCGCGGACGGUGGUUGCCGCGCGUGUCGAUAUUGCACGCAACAUAGCGCCCACGAACCCGCUUUUCUGGCCGUACCUCCGCGAGAUACUCACCAGCAUUGUUGCGCGUGGUGAUGUGCAGGAGUUGGAACACCACCGCUCGCACGUGGAGAUCUCCGAGGUGGGACGCCAGAUCGCGUACUACCUCGCUCCGCUCGCGGCGCUUCUCCCAGACGUGGGUGCCCCACCGCUCGAGGUGACGGACCUCAAGACCAUCAACUUGUUCAAGAACGCGUGGUUCAACAUGGUUGUCCACGGUUACACCGAGACGUCCGUUGCGCCCGCGACGCGCACACAUCUCGAGCGCAUCGCGUACAACUCGCCACCUUUGGCGUCCGAGGCCUCGUGGGAAGGUAACGAGACCUCUCUCGAACUCAACACCGUGCUCCGCCGCGGCUCGUCCAACCACAAUGUUAAGGACCAGAAGCAGCGUCUGGGCUUGUUUGAAUCAAAGUUAAGCUUUCACACGAUUUCCUAUCCGAACCUAGUGUUCUUGUCCGCCUCUCUGCUCCUCGAGUCGCUUAGGGUCCGGUCCGGUAGUUGUUCGCAGACACUCGUGUACUUUUCCGACCCGUCGGUCGAAAACAGCGAUCUUGGAAAGUACAUCAAGGAUCUCGCGUUAAGCGUGGUGCGUAAGUAUGUGAAUUUGGUGAAUGGCUCUAGCUCGCGCUUCACCGGCGAACGCGUGGCAGAACAGCUCACCGCAAUGCUCGUCUUGUGUCUCCACCGCCUCCCCGCGGUGCAAGAUGCGGCGCUCCAAUGCUGCUCGUACCUCAUUAAGUGCAUCCCCUCGGCAUUGUGCCACUCCCAGAGUUUAUCCACGCUCCUCGACAUCCUUACCGUCGGGUUUGAGGCCGUUGUAGACUCUGAUACCAGCCAGUACGACCCGCGCACCGAGUUCACCUCUAAGACUGCGGGCCUCCGGUUCCAGGUGCCAAACUCCGUCGCGUGGCGCCGCGACACACUCGCGGUGCUCCAGAAACACGCACGUGAAUGGGUUCUCCUUGCGAUGGGCUGCGCAAACCAUGACAUGAAGAAUCUCCUUCAGAACUACGUCGCGACCGGGCGCGCCCGCGCCCUGGAGCUCGGCACCUCUUUCGCAAUGCAGAUGGCCGCAACCGUGUUGCCGUGCGAUCGCGAGCUUUACCACAUCCGUCAUAUGCAGUUUGACACGGCCAGUGGGUUCCUCGCGCAAGUGCGGUGGAAGAGUGGGUUUAACAACGCAUUGAUGGAGAACGUGGCAGGUACGGAUGCGAACGGGGUUGUUGCGCUCGAUACCUCGCGCGGUGAACCAUUUAAUGCCCGUGCGUUCAAAGACAAGGCGCGCGCGUGUGUUUCUGCUCUCCACGCGCUCGUCGCGCGUGGCGAGCCGAUCGCCGAAACUCAAGUUCUUGCAGCCUUGGAGAGCUGUGCCGCGGUGCUCUCGCUUCUCCGCCAUGACAAUGCGGAGUUCAUCCGCUACGUUGUUGACCUUCCCUUUGCGAUUUUUACUGCCAAUGUUUUCAAGGUCGCAACCAACGUCUGGCUCAGUAUCAUGACGGACCUUCCCGCCGUUGCGGUGUUGCUCCUCGGCGACGUGAUCACUCGCUGGGAACAGACCGUGUACGAGCGCAAGGGCCUUUACUCGACCGCGCAUGACAUGCCCGACCCCGCGUACACGUCCAUGGAGUACGCGCCCUCCAGCAAGGAGGUUAUCCAGCACCACCUCCGCGUGACGGCCGAGCUGCUCGAACCCCACACGUACGUGAUCCGCAUGUUGGCGUCGCACUUCCAGGCGACCAAGUACCUCAGUGGGCAUUUGCUUGCGCUCUUUGAGCAGUUCUGCAUGACGGCGAUGCGUGCGGCGGACUCCGCGAGUUACCAUCCGCUUGCGCGCCUUCCGCGCUUCGAGCUCGCUGCGCUCUGUAUCGAUGUUUUGAAGUACCAUGUGCGCCUCGGACUCCCACAUCCGAGCGAGUUCAUGGCCGCGAUCCUCGCGGGCGGGCUCUCGUGGUUCAAGACCCCGCCCGUUUGGCCGGCCGGGGGCAACACGCUCCAGAUGCGUGCGGAUCAUGGAGUGCUCCGCAACGUUGCCACUGCGCUCAGUAACUUUACGCUCCAUGCGCGCAGUGCUGAGACGCAGCGCCAAUUGCUUUUGCUCUUCCUUGACGACGAAAUUUCGAACCUUGCGACGUGGAUGGACCCAUUAAGCCUCACGGAGACGCGUGGCACGUACGCCGCGCCCGUGAGCGAGGCGGCCGUCACUGACGCGUUCCGCGUGGACCCUGUAUUAGCGCUCCGUCUUGUUGCGCGAGCAAAGAAACACCAGAGCGUGCUUCGCGGCUUGGUCACGCGAGACCCUGCGCACUGUAUGGUGUACGCGGACGCGCUCGCGUACGCGCUCAAUGGCGUGAUGCCGUAUCAGGUGCUCUUCUGGCGCCGUAUCGCACCGAUCGACGCGAUCAACCUCUUCCUCCCGCCGCGCGGCGAUGAUCCGUUCGUGCUCCAAUACACCACGCGCGUGCUUGAAAGCUACGACGUCAACCUCACCUUCUUUUACGUGCCGCAGAUCGUACAGACGUUGCGCCACGACGCACGCGGCUACGUAGAGCGCUUUAUUCUCGAGACUGCCAGUGUCUCAGGUCUUUUCGCGCACCAGAUCAUCUGGAACAUGUUGGCCAACAGCUACAAAGACGAGGAGUCGACAGUUCCGGAUGCAAUCAAGCCCACGCUUGACCGCGUGCAGCAGAAGAUGACGGCUGCGUUCACUCCCGAAGCGUUGGACUUUUACCGCCGCGAGUUUGGCUUUUUCAACGAGGUGACCGAGAUUUCCGGGAAACUCAAGCCGUACAUCAAGAAACUGAAGGCUGAGAAAAAAGUAAAGAUUGACGAGGAGAUGGCCAAGAUUGCGGUCGCACGCGAUGCAUACCUUCCGAGUAAUCCUGACGGUGUGGUGGUUGACAUCAACCGCACGUCAGGGAAGCCGUUGCAGUCGCACGCGAAGGCGCCGUUCAUGGCGACAUUCAAGAUCAGGAAGGAGGCUGUGGAUGUAGAGACCGGCGCGACGCUCCAGAUUGAAAAGUGGCAGAGUGCCAUUUUCAAGGUGGGUGACGAUUGUCGUCAGGAUGUGCUUGCGUUGCAGUUAAUCUCGGUGUUCCGCACGAUCUGGGCGACCGCGGGCUUGGACCUCUACGUGUUUCCGUACCGCGUGACAGCUACCGCCCCGGGCUGCGGUGUUAUUGACGUCUUACCAAACUCCGUGUCGCGCGACAUGUUGGGGCGUGAGGCGGUGAACGGGUUGUACGAGUACUUUGUGACAAAGUUUGGCCCUGAAUGCACUGACACAUUCCAGCGUGCGCGCACAAACCUCGUGCGCUCCUUGGCCGCGUACUCCAUCAUCUCGUAUCUCCUCCAGUUCAAGGACAGACACAACGGGAAUAUCAUGUACGAUGACCAGGGCUAUAUCAUGCACAUUGACUUUGGUUUCUGCUUCGAUAUCGUGCCAGGCGGGGUCAAGUUCGAGGCUGUUCCGUUUAAACUCACGCGCGAGAUGGUGCUGGUGAUGGGCGGAAACGGAACCCAGGCAUACCGCUGGUUUGAGGAGAUGUGUGUCAAAGGAUAUCUUGCUUGUCGGCCGCACAUGGAGCUGAUUAUCAAGUGCGUGGAGCCGAUGUUGGAAAGCGGCUUGCCCUGCUUCAAGCCUGCGACGAUGGAGAAGUUGAGGGGGCGGUUUGUGCCGGAAAAGUCUGAGAAGGAUGCCGCAAGUCAUAUGCGUGCGUUGGUGCGGAAGAGUUAUGAGAGUAAUUUCACCAAGGGGUAUGAUGAGUUCCAGAGGAUCACUAACGGUAUUCCCUACUAG